AUGCCCCCAUUCCACUUUUUGUUCCCGCUAGAGGCACCGGUAGUUCACGGCGACGAUUCUUUUAGUUUUCUGCUGCGAUGGCGCGGGAGUGGCGGGGCGUUUGGCCGCCGCUUUGAAGGGCCCCGCUGCGGAGGGAGAGAAUGGGCGGGGUGUGCGGCGCUGUUUCUGCGUGCGGUGUUGGGUGCGUUGUGCGGCCGGCUUUUCCUGCGCGUGUCUCCGCCCUCGCGCGGUGGGGGUGUUGCACUGCGCCUUCGCCGCGCCGUCUGCUGCGGUGCGUGUGAGCGGUGCAGCGACAAGAGUGGGGAUGGCUGGCCGUGUGCUGUUGGUGUGCGCCCUCUGCGUGCUGUGCUGCUGCUGCUGCGGUGGUGUCGGUGCGUGGGGCGGCGGCUACUGCACGGAGGGUGA